GGGUGAUUUUGAAUAUGACAGCAUAAUGAAAUUUGUAAACAUUUGAAAUCAGUACCGUACUAUAUUCUUCCUGUCGAUUUAUCUUCGCUAAUUCAAACACUAUGACGGACUCGGACGAUAGCACGUCCCGUUUUUCGGACCUCUACAAAAACAAAACACGCAGUGAAUACCAACAGUCGGAGCGUCGACAAAGGCUUCUGGAAGAACAGAAACGGCUUCGCCAAACGGAAGUAGACAGCUGCCGGUCUGGAUUACUAGAGCUAAUCGAAGCCGAAGGCAGCGAGUCAGAGUGCUCGGAUUCGGAGCACAAGCGACAGCGGCCGCGGAUCUGGUACAGUAAACUUUAUCGUGACAAAGCGCAACUUUCUGAGUGGAUGUACGAAGGACCGGCGGAUUUAGAAAACUGGUUUCUGGUACCUUGUCCGGUCGGAAUACGUUGUCUGUUAGUUAUUCGCCGAGGAUUGGCCGUGGCUUAUGACAAGCAUGGAAAAUCGAUUACCAAAUUUGCCACCAGCAUGGGCAAAAGGCAGCGCGUCACUGUAUUGGAUUGUUUCAUGACGAAGGAACGUAUUUUUUACGCUAUUGACCUUUUGGUUUACAACGAAAUGGAUUUGGUGCAGUGUGAGUGUCAGUUCCGGUUUCUUUGGUUGCGGAGUAAGCUGGAAGAGGAUACAUUGCAGGAAAGGUUUUGUACGUCGAAACAAAACAGGUGUCGCUUGGAAAUUAUCCCGUUCUACGAUUGUAAAGAUCGCAACCAAAUUGAGGAAUGUCUAUCCCGAUAUCCAAUGUUUCCUGAAAAUACUCGACUAGACGGAUUGUUAUUCUACCACAAGGAAUCAAAUUAUAUCUAUGGAAAAACACCUCUUGUAACAUGGCUGUUUCCUUUCAUGGUACCGGAUGUACUUGGAGAAGAUUUGCGGUUAACUAUAAAUCAUCACUAUCUGCAACGAAUACCCACAAAAUACACUGAACUGGGAUAUCGAGCCUACAUGGAGCAUUUUGAUGCUAAAUUAGCGGAGAAACAAUCACGACGCAGCAAAUCAAAAAUCACUUCUAUGGAUGAAGGUUGCGAAGAUACCGAGCCAUCUAGAGUAGCCGGUUGGGAACAAAUGGAAACGAUUUCUACCAUAGAUGAGAGCUAUGAGGACGAAAAUUGGCAGCGUAAAGAAUUGGAUGAGAUGCGACGGCUCGAAAUGGAAGGGUAACCGAAUAUUUUACUAUGGUCGGUACAUACAUGUUAGAAUAAAAAAUGAUACAAAUUUAAGAUUUACAACUUUCAACCUAUUUGAAGUGCACUCAGGUUUAUUCUCGUUCAGUUUGGUGCUUCAGAAAAUAAAUAAAAUGACGAUAUUUUAACGUGAUACGGAUUCCUAUUUAUUUCGUAUAUUAAUUUUAAUGAAUAUAUGAAAAUUAUCUGAAAUUAACUUAUGUUCAGGCACGUUCUGAACAACGUUGUUCACAUUUUCUCGGUCAUCUGGGACCACCGAUAAACGUUGCUUCGGUCCAAGGUAGCUUCACCAAACGACGUUAUAAGUGCGCUACACAUACAACGUCCCGUCACCGUGAAGUCAACGUAAAGGAAUGUAAUGUCAAAUAUUCUUCCGUGGAAAUCGUAUGGUAGCAUUCACAUAUACCAUCACCGGCAUCUUUGACGUCGGCAAAAUAAUUCCAAGAGAAAAGUUGACGGGACGGUGACGGUGACGCUGUAUGUGUAGCGCUCUAUAGUCUACAAUCACAAUGCGUCCGCGCACUUUUUUUCGCCCAAAAUUUGAUACUGAUUCUUUGAUCCAUUUUUCCAAAUAAACAAAAAUGGAAAACAAGCCAAAAUCUUGAGUUUUUCUACGAUCUGCUGCA